UCAGCGCACUGCGCGAAUACUCUGCGACUGAAACGCAAACCAACAGCCCACAAAUUCAGCAAAUCUUCAGCACUUUGUCACGGCGUCGUAGGGAGUUCCGAGCUACAAAGCGAGAGAUUUGAAUGGUUGGUGGAAUGAUUCCUAAUUCAGCGCUGAUGCCUGCAGCGUAGCAACUUUUCAGAAAGCAACAAAGGGCAGGAUUUUGCCAAAAUCUGAGAUGUUUAAAAGACAAAGGAGAUUUUAACAUAUUUGAAUAAUGACCCGUUACGUGUGGCCCUCUCUUCACUAUUUAGCCAAGGCUUUUCAAAGAACAGACAACUUGCUUAACUCCAGUCUUCCCGAGACAUUCGUUCUGUCUAACAGAUCGAUUUUCCUUCCCUGGGGUAACUUCACUCUGGACGAUUGGGAGAGCUUUGUGGACUCGGCAAAAUACGAGGCGGAAUCCCAAAAUGCAAACGUAAAAUCUUUGCUUAUAGUAGCCUACUCGAUUAUUAUAGUCAUCUCUCUGUUUGGAAAUAUCCUUGUGUGCCAGGUGGUAGUUAAGAACAAGCGGAUGCAUUCUGCCACCAGUCUGUUCAUUGUUAAUCUGGCCGGAGCAGACAUCAUGAUCACUCUGCUUAACACUCCGUUUACCCUGGUUCGGUUCGUUAAUAGCACUUGGGUUUUCGGACAGGGCAUGUGUCACAUUAGCCGCUUCGCCCAGUACUGUUCUUUAUAUGUUUCCACCCUCACCCUGACAGCCAUCGCCGUAGACAGGCAUCAGGCUAUCAUGCAUCCUUUGAAGCCUCGUGUAUCACCUGUGAAGGGUAUGAUUUACAUCCUUAUCAUCUGGAUUAUGGCUAGUUGUUUCUCCCUCCCACAUGCUAUCUAUCAGAAGCUCUUCAAAUUUGAAUACAGCAAAGAAAAAAUUCGGAGUUUGUGUGUGCCAAACUUCCCAGAGCCAGCAGACCUUUUUUGGAAGUAUCUGGACUUGGCAACAUUUAUCAUGCUGUAUGUACUUCCCCUUUUAAUCAUCACUGUCACUUACACCACAGUUGCCAAGAAGUUAUGGCUUCGCAAUGCAAUUGGAGAUGUGACAACAGAACAGUAUUUUGCACAUCGGCGGAAAAAGAAAAAGACAAUUAAAAUGCUGAUGCUGGUUGUGGCAGUAUUCGCUGUCUGUUGGUUUCCUCUGAACUGUUAUGUUGUCCUUAUUUCUAGUCAAACUAUUCACACCAAUAAUGCUCUCUAUUUUGCUUUCCACUGGUUUGCCAUGAGCAGUACCUGCUAUAACCCUUUUAUCUAUUGCUGGUUGAAUGAGAGUUUUCGCUCAGAGCUUAAAUCUCUCUUGAAUAUAUUCAGAAGAGAACAUGGAGUUAAGGAACACAUACUUCCCUGCACAGCCCCUUCUUACAGGCUAGCCUGGCCUGAACGUAACAACUCCAAGAGGGAACAAGACCCUCAAAGUCUGCACUCCAACAGCAACAUCCAAUCAGGAAAGACAGAUAUUUCAUCAGUUGAACCAAUAGUUGCUGUGAAUUAGAUCAGGGAGUUCUAAAAUUUUGCAAUAUUGUGCCAUAAGCAUAUAAAAGUGGAUUGGAUUUUACUGUUAUAAUGAUAGCUAAACAGUCAGAAUUUGAUAUCAUUCUUCUGUGAAACUGACAGCAGCCUUUGAUGUCUGCACAUGUGCAGUUAAACACUGAAAUCCAGAUGUUGCUAUCACUGAAUCCCCACUCUUCUACAGAGUGCAGUUUUAAAAUCCUCACAAUUCAAAUUCACUGAAUUGACAUGAACCUUUGCAUCAAUAAUUAGCAUUAUUAUUCUUGUUGAAAACAAGAUUUUGAAAAAGGUGCACAGCAUACUAUGUCAUAAUUACUGUUGAACAAUCUUUCUAGCCCUGAAAACUAAUUUUAUAUUUGAGUAGUUACAUUCUGUUAUUAAAAAUUCCAUGGAUUUUUAAGAAAAUGUUUUUAAAAGUUAGUUUAUGACAUUUAUUUUCUAUCUUUGUGCCAUGUGUUUGCCUCAUGUUGAUUUUGUUUUCCAUAAAAUUAGAAAAAAGUGAAUGAUAAAACCUACGUAUUAUUUCCUGGUUUGCUGUCAGUGGACAUUCUUCAGUCUGAUUGGCUGUUAAGCCUGCUUGACGACAUCAUUGUUACUUGACAUCAGUGAUUUCCUAUAGCUGGUAUCAUAAUGAAAUUGACAAUUGCAAAAAUGCUCCUUACAUCUUCAUGGAAAGCUUCAUUUGGAGGUCAAUGGUAUGGGCUGGAACUACAAUGAUGUUGUUCCAUCAGAAUGUCAUUGCACAGAAUGUUUUGAACCCUGCUAAGAACAACAUUGAGAAUAGGUUCUUUUUCCAACUGCUAUAGACACCAAAGUGAAAACAUUUCUUCAACCACUCACAAUUGACCAUCUGAAGAUUAAAUAGUCUCAUCGACCAUAAAUGCUAAUGACCUUCACUGGAAAUAGUAUAUUUAAGAUGAAGACAGAAUUAUAAUUGUUGUGACGCCUUUAAUAGUGAACAAGUUCCUAAUAUACACGAAGAAUGCCCAUUCAGUAAAGAAUGGUAAGGUUGAUGAAACCUGCAGAAUAGUCAGCAUCUUAAAAUUGAAUAUACCAAUAAUGAGAAGAAUUAAGCAACUAACUGAUAUGUGCAGGAUAUAAAUUAUUAAAAAAGACAAACUGAAAGGGAUCAUAUUUAAAAGUGACUUUGAAUAGAUCCUUGCAUGUGUAUAAGAAAGUAAUGGAAAAACAUUUGGAUUAUAUUACUAAUAAUAUUCAAGGAGCUGUGCAGUCACAAAAAUGAAAAUACAAUGACAAAUUAUUUAAUGUGAACAAUUUACUGAAGUUUUGAACAUGUCAUUUAGUAUUAUAGGGUAAAUGUUACAGACUUGAUUUAUCCUUCCUGCAAAGCCUCAACUAUCAGGAGCUUACGUUGGGAAUUCAGGCACAGAUGUCACCAGGUCACAUUGGAUUUUCCAUUGAUUUAUGUUAGCUGUUUGAAAAUCCAGUGAAACUGAUUGACCUCUAAGCUUGAAUUUCUGGUACAUGCUGUGGUCCACAAAGUUGUAAGUGAAAGUAUGAAUUUGUAGAGAUUGCCCAUUGCAAGCAUCAGGAAUUAUAUUUUACUUGUACAUGAUUACUGAUUCCAAAUUCCAAGAGUCUUACUCUGUUCUUAAAUUUAUUAUAAAUGUAUCAUCCUAUACCCUUUCUUGUGUGCAGAAUUUUCAUAUGGCUAUUUUGUUAAUUUAUAAAACUGAAAAUGCCUGUUGUACAAUGAAAAAAUGAAUUUUGACCUCAGGCACAUGAUAGUGAAGGGUAAAAGCUGAUAAAUUAGCUACUUGAAGUAUUCUAUGUCAUUCACGGAUGAUUUCAAUGAUUAGACAUCAAAAUGCCAAUUAUUAUCCAGUCUGGAAAUUGUGUUGGUCGAUACAAUAACAUCGAUACCCCUGUAUAAGUGGAAUCAUUUUCAGAAUUCAAGGCCUUAUUUAUUGUAGUCAAUAAUUCAAGACAUUUGUUCAAGUUCUCAUUUGUUAAUUCAUUGUCUAGGUUUUCUACUCAUUUUGCACUUUGGCUCCUUCGGUGCUGUCAAAUAAUAAAAGCAUUAAACAAUGCCUUCUGUUUAAGAAAUUUCUAAUAUUCCAGUUAAAAUUAAAAAUGAAUUAUAAGCAUUAUUCAAUAUCAAUUUGUUCUUCAGUAGUGAUGAGGGGGACAUUUUUCACAACUUUGGCUAUAUAUAUGAUCUAGGAUCUCCCAUUCAUGCCUUUGUUAUCUCUAUUGCAAUAUACCUCUGGCCAACCUCCUGUC